GCUGUCCCAGCUGUCACCCCCGUGGAUGAGGAGAGCUCCGAUGGGGAGCCAGAUCAGGAAGCUGUGCAGAGAUACUUGGCAAAUAGGUCAAAAAGGCACACUCUGGCCAUGACCAACCCUACAGCUGAAAUCCCUCCAGACUUGCAGAGGCAGCUAGGACAGCAGUCCUUCCGACCCCGGGCUUGGGCUCCACACCUGGGACCCGACCAGCACCGUUCUAUUUACAAGGACUCAAACACUCUGCACCUCCCCACCGAGCGCUUCUCCCCGGUGCGGCGCUUCUCCGACGGUGCUGCCAGCAUCCAGGCUUUCAAAGCCCACCUGGAGAAGAUGGGCAACAACAGCAGCAUCAAACAGCUGCAGCAGGAGUGUGAGCAGCUGCAGAAGAUGUACGGUGGGCACAUGGAUGAGAGGACGCUGGAGAAGACCCAGCAGCAGCACAUGUUGUACCAGCAGGAGCAGCACCAUCAGAUUCUUCAUCAGCAGAUUCAGCCAUCUCCACCCUUGCAAGCUCCAUGUGAAAACCAGCCAGCUCUGCUCACUCACCAGCUUCAGAGGUUACGGAUCCAGCCAUCCAGCCCACCCCCAAACCACCCUAACAACCACCUCUUCAGGCAGCCCAACAGCAGCCCGCCCCCCGUGAGCAGCAGUGUGCUCCAGCCCCACGGUGCUGCCUCCCAGUCCCAGUUCCAAGGGAUGCCAUCCCACACCACACUCUUCCCGCAGUCUGGUAACUGUUCUCCUCCCCCAGCCAUGGGGCUGACGUGCCUGGGUCUGCAGCAGCAGUCGCAGGCUCAGCAGGUCACUAUCCAAGUGCAGGAGCCUGGCGACAUGGUGGGCAGCAGCCUCCUGCCCGGGGCCUCGGUGGGCGGGCAGGGCCUGGCGUCCCACACACGGGCCAUGCCCCUCAGCCCCAGCGCCAGCCAGAUCCAGAUGCAGCACCGCGCCAACCUGAUGGCCUCCCUGUCCUACGGCCACCGGCAGCUGUCCAAGCAGCUCA